CAACAGGACAACAGCAGGGUCUGUGUUCGCUGCCAGAAGGGCCUGGGCUUCAUUUUUGACAGGGGAGACCUGUGCCAGAGCUGCAAACUGCGGGUGUGCAGCACGUGCCGUGUGCUGGGAGCUGAGGGGCACUGGAAGUGCUCGGUGUGUGCCAAGAUUGCAGAGCUACGGAUAGUGACAGGAGAAUGGUUUUUUGAAGAGAGAGCAAAGCGUUUCAAACAAUCAAAUCUUGGAACUGAUGUUGUCAGACAGUCCAUCCUUCACAAAUUCCCAGACACAGUUUCCAACACAGAUGAUGAAAGAACAUUCAAAGAUCAACCCCAAGAGAAUGAAGAAAAAAAGCCAGAUGUACCAGUCUGCUCCACAAAUGGGCACAAAUCUGUCUUUGGCAGAACUAGAAAGAUUGGGAGGGUUAUCAGGGCAGUUACCAAAGGAGAAAUUCCAUAUGGAAAGGAUGAAGGUGAAAGGAGCACAGGCUCAGAGGCUGAAAGCCCAGCUCUGCGUGGAGGCAAAUCAGCUCCGUGCUCCGAGAGAGGGAGCACGCUUUCCCUGGGCAGCAGCAGUGCAGGGGCUGCUGCAGGACAUGCAAGGGGCAGAGGCAGCGCUGCCAAGGCUUCCCUGCCACGCUUUCCCCAGCGCAGCAUGACCACGGAUUGCAGCGGGGACACAGGCUUGGAAAACGACAUGAUUAUUCCAGCAAGUGAAAGUGUACCUGAAGAUUUAGUAAAGAAGAACUGCAGGAAACCUUCUGGAACACCUUCCAUUGCAGUUUCUAGGAUAUCUUUGUCAUCAGACCGUAGCAGAUCUGAGAUAGAUUUGAGUGAAUCUUUCUCUGAAGGAAAUGAAGAUACCCUGAGCAUAAGAAGCAAAUCUGUACCUAGUGCCUUAGAUCAGGAAUUGGGCUAUCUGGAUGAAACGGAAGAAGAUAUUGAUGACAUAGUGGCCUCUUGUUAUCCAAGAAAGCAUGAACAUAUGACAAGUGGAUUAUCAACAAACUCCCCAGAAGGUUCUGACAGAAAAUGGACAUAUUUAAAUGUUCCCGAAGCAGAUGGUGAUACUACGAGCAUAAACAGCAUGGUGAGUGUUUACAGUGAAACAGGUGACUAUGGCAACGUGAAGGUCAGCGGGGAAAUCCUCCUCAAUAUCAGCUACAUCUACAAAACAGGAGCCCUCAACAUCCUGGUGAGGAGCUGCAGGAACCUGGCCAUUGCAGACGAGAGGAAGCAAAGGACCGACCCAUAUGUCAAAGCCUACCUUCUGCCUGAUAAGUCCCGCCAAAGUAAGCGGAAGACCAAAAUUAAAAGUAACAGCACCAACCCAGAAUUUAAUGAGAUACUGAAGUAUGUCAUCAGUCACUCACAGCUGGAAACCAGGACACUGCAGGUUUCUGUCUGGCACUAUGACAGAUUUGGACGCAACAGCUUCCUUGGGGAAGUGGAAAUUCCAUUCGAUUCCUGGAACUUUGAAAAUCAGGGUGAUGAGUGGUUUGUGCUCCAGCCCAAGGUGGAGGCUGUGACAGAUUUUGGGCUUCAAUACAAAGGAGAACUGACAGUAGUUUUACGUUAUAUUCCCCCAGACAGAAACCUAAUGCUUCCUCUGGGGCAGUUUCAAGGAAAGAGAGGCUUCAAAAAAGGAAAGAAAGGAGAUUCUCAUCUGCCAUCUGGAGGCAUAUUAGAAGUCCUCAUCAAAGAAGCAAAGAAUUUAACAGCAGUGAAAUCAGGAGGCACAUCUGAUACUUUUGUUAAAGGAUACCUGCUCCCAGACGACAGCAAAGCUACAAAACACAAGACUCCCAUAGUAAAAAGGAGCGUGAACCCCCAGUGGAAUCACACCUUUGCCUUCAGUGGCUUGAAUUCAGGGGACAUACGGAAUGUCUGCCUGGAACUGACUGUGUGGGACAAGGAGUCGCUUUCCAGUAAUAUUUUUUUGGGAGGUGUCCGCUUGAGCACUGGAAAUGGUGUAAGCAAUGGCAAGGAGGUUGACUGGAUGGACUCUCAAGGGGAAGAGCAGCACCUCUGGCAGAAGAUGAUUGACAGUCCAGGAGCUGCAGUGGAAGGGGUGUUAAUGCUGAGAUCCAGCAUGGGGAAACGCAGAUUCUGAAAGACUUUAACUCCUGGGGGUGCCACAGGUACUCCUGGCUUCAGGGGUGUCCAGGCUCUUGUCACUUUGCCCAUGUGAACAUGAGAAGGGUUGUACCCUUUGCCUUGGAUAUUAAGGCUCUGAGUGAGAUUUUAAUGCAUUCCGCACUUUCAUGCACACAUUCUUUACCCAGGCUUCUUGUGUGAAUUGUUUCUCCUGAAGCCAGUGAGAACUGGAGCUUGCACAGAGAUCAGACUGGCUUUCUCUGUCCCCUCUGGUGGCUGGUGUGCAGCUGAUGAGCACUCUGCCUGAGGGCUGCUCAGAGUGAGCAAAUUCUCUCGCUGGUCAUUUAGUGAGUAAUGCCAGGUUUAUGAAUCUCCUUCUGGCUCAGGGAUGGCCCAGAAGGCAGCAGUGGCACACAAUAGGCAGAUUCAGAGUCAGUCUGUGCUUUGGUGUUUCUAAGUUAAGAAGCCAUAAUGUUAUGAAGGACAACAAACAGUGUUCCUUCAUCGUGUUUGCUUGUUGGGCUGUGCAGAAGGCUUGGGACCAAAGGCCACCCAAGCAGGGCCAAUGCAGAGUGUUGCAUUGCCCUAGAAACAGGCAGCAGUGAGCUGGGCAGAGUGGGCAGGGCUGGUGUCCUGGCAUCCUCUGGGUAUUUUAAUGCACGUGUAGAAAAGGGAGACUUGGUCCAAUGUAAAUCAAAGAGCCUCCGAUGAAAAUAAAUCAUAACAAAUCCUCAAAGAGUUUCCAGAACUACGUGAUGCUACUGUGUUUGUCAUGCAGUUGACAGCUCUAGCCAAGACCUUCUGAUGUCAUUGAACAGAGGGAAUAUGUCCACAUGCUAGUCUCCAUCUGUGUUGCUGAGAUGAGACACAUGCCAGGUUUGGACAGCUAAAACUUGAUUCAACAGAUUGUAUAGAACAGAAUGGGAUUAAAGCACAUGCCAAAAUGAUUUGCAUAACUGUAAAAUCUCCUCUGAAUGGGCUGGGGUCCCAUUCAGGCCCAUGCACAUUAUUUAUAAUUCAAGUAGGACAUUUUUUGUCCUGAAUAUCCCCCAGUGGAUUUAAUGGUGAGCAGGUCUUGGCCAAUACAGUCAUUAAUCUUAUUAACCAUGACAAUUGUUCAACAGUAAUUUUGUGAUUCAUCAAAGUGUAAGACAAAGGAAGAUCAGGAAACUGAGUGAACAGCAUUUCUUCUGAACUUUCCACAAUUAGAACACAACUUUAUAUUUGCACUGGUAAAUUACUUUAUAGCUAUCCCUACAUUUUUUCCCCCCAAAGUUUAUUGCAAUAAAUCUAUACUGAACAACAGAGUAUAAUCUGAUAGCUAAGCAAAUACAGCUGGAGAUUUUGGCAUCUGUAGUUGUCAUAGUGUACAAUUAAGUACAAGUAUUUAGAGCUGAAUUCAAAACCUUAAAAUGUAACAUUAAUUCUUCUCUUUUUAAGAUAUUUUAUGCUGUUUUUUGUUGGAGUGGCUGAAAACUGCAGGGAAGUUUACAGCCAAUCUUUUAAAAUCAUAAUAUUAUUGAAUAAAAAAAAAAUAUUUAUUCAUGUUGAAAACAGCAGUUUUAAUAAAUUUUUUUGUUUCAUUAUGCAUAAGUUAUUUCAAAAUUCUGAUAUGACUUUUAAAAGUCACUGGAGGUACUGCUUGCCCAGUUGGAGACUCACCAUUUUCAGCAAUUACCAAGUCAUCUUUGAAAAUGAUAAUUCUCCUACAGAAUCUCAAAUUGGGAACCAAAUGUCAGUGGUUACUCAAGAAAACUGACUUCAUUUUCCUUCUUUAUCUUUUCUUCAUUUUCUUCUGAAGUUCAGCUCAAAUUGGGCAGUGAGGGAAGUCUAGUCUGGUUUUAGCUUUUAAUUUUUCCAACCUAAAUGAUUCUGUCAUUCUACAAUUCUGUGCUGCAGAUGCUGUGAGCUGAUAAAUUAGAGCACAAAUAUCAAGCACACAACAUUUUAUGACCUUGUUCUUAUCACCAUAGUCUGUCUUUAAUAUCAGAUUAUUUUUUAUCAGUAUCUUCUAAAGUGACCAAACCUAACUUUUGACACCUAAACUACCUCUCUUUUUAACAGAAUUGUUUUGAGUUGUCUUGGUUGUUUGUACUACAAAUCUGAAUUUAUUUUGGAAAUAAUAAUAUUACAUUGACAUGUAGGCACAAACUUGUUUUUUUUUUUUCUUUUGCUAGAAGUUGUUUCAAAUGGAUAAACUUGUUGAAUGUAAAGAAAAUGGUUCUUCAAGAUAAAAUUCCAGCUUGAGUUGUAGAGGAAUAUUGGUCUGUUG